AUGGAUCGAUUUCAAGAUCGUGCACAAAAAUAUUUUCGUUCAGCAAAAUGUUGGUGGAUCGGUAGUGAACAACAACAGCAACAGCAGCAACAACAACAACAACAACAACAACCACCGAAACAUCGAAAACGUACAAAAAGACGUAAUCGAAAACCAUUGAAAUUGGAUCAACAAUCAAUGGAUCCAUAUUUAAAAAAUCGUGAACCACAAUUUGAUGAAUUAGUAUUAAGAUUUGAACGUGAAAAAUGUGAAAAAUUAUUAUGGAAUAAUGAUAAAACAAAUGAAUCAAUUAUCAUCACCAAUAAUGAUGGUGAUGAUGAAGAAAUUAAAAAUUCAAAUGCUGGUGAUGAUGAUGAUGAUUUUCUUUGUUCAUCAUCAUAUGAUUAUCAUUUAAGAGCACCAGAUUAUCAACAACAACAACAACAACAAAAAUCGAUUGCAACAACAACAACAGCAGCAGCAACAACGAUGACAACAUUGAAACCAUCAUCAAUCAAUAUAACAGCAUCAGAUCGUCGACAACAAUUAUCAAGACUUUAUUCAUUUGAUCAUCGUGAUCGUGAUGAUGAUCAAACAAUAUUGCAAGAACGAAAUCAAUUUGAUGAUCAACAAGAUCAUAAUAAAGAAGAUUAUCUAAUACAGGAAGAACCUGCCGAUAUGGAUGAUAUGAAUGAUAAUGAUCGUUUUAUGGAAUCCACAUAUCAUUCACGUUCAUCAUAUCAACAACAACAACAACAGCAGCAAACAUCACCAUGGCUACGAUACCCUACUGCUGCUACUACUGCUACUACUAGACAAAGACCACCAAAUAUUGAACGUUCAAAUACGGAACCAGCAUCACAAACAAUAAUGGUAACUAUUGAUACACCAUCAUCAUCUACACAUCAUCCAAAUAAUAAUAAUGUUGACACAACAACAACAACAAUCACCAUUACAUACAACACAACAUUCACCAAUUAGACGAUCACCAUUGGAUAAUACAUCCAAUGUUAAUAUUGGAAAUAAUAAUGGAUCGAUGAUGAGACAAUCAUCAUUUGAUCAUCAUUAUUUGGCACCAACAUUGGCAUAUC